AUGCUCCACAACGACGACGGCGACAGCAGCAACUCCAGUUUCUCCGACGAAUUCUCGCCGUCGGCUAAUCUGAGGAAGUUCAUAAUCUCACCUUAUAAUCCACGUUACAGGGCAUGGCAGAUGUUCCUAAUCCCGCUUGUUAUUUACUCGGCGUGGAUUUGCCUCUUCGAACUGGCAUUCUUGAGAUACUUGCCUGGAAAACUCUUGUUGCUCGAGCAUAUCUUGAACAGCUUGUUCGCCAUCGAUAUCGUUCUGACCUUCUUCGUUUCUUAUCUCGAUCCCAGAUCCUAUCUCUUGGUUGAUGAUCCAAAGAGAAUUGCAGCUAGAUACUUGUCCUCCGGGUUCAUCUUGGACCUCUUGUCUACUGUUCCAUUCCAUGCGAUCAGCUUUCUGUUUGAAAGAAAUGACAAUGUUAAUUUUGGAUUCAAGAUACUGAAUCUGCUCAAGCUAUGGCGGCUCUGGAGGGUCAGUUCCUUGUUCUCCAGGUUUGAGAAGGAUAUCAAAUUCAACUAUUUCUGGACUCGAUGCACAAAGCUAGUCUCUGUGACUGUUUUCGCCGCGCAUUUCGCCGGGUGCCUCAACUAUCUGAUCGCCGAUCGGAACCCGAACCCCAGCAGAACAUGGAUAGCUUUGGCGAUGCAGGACUUCCGAUCGCAGAGCCUGUGGAGAAGAUAUGUUACCGCGAUGUAUUGGUCCAUAACGACCUUAACAACCACUGGCUAUGGAGAUUUGCACGCGGUGAACACUGGGGAAAUGCUGUUUGACGUCUUCUACAUGCUGUUUGUUCUCGCUCUGACUUCGUACAUCAUCGGCAACAUGACCAACCUCAUCGUCCAUUGCACCAGCAGCACUCGGAACUUCAGGGACACAGUGCAGAGUGCUUCGGAGUUUGCAGAGAGGAACAAGCUGCCGAAGCAAAUGAAGAACCAAAUUCUGUCCCACAUUUGCUUCAGGUUCGAGACGGAAGAGCUGAAGCAGCAACAGAUUUUGAGCAAUCUCCCGGAGGGGAUGCGAUCCAGCAUAGCCUGCAACUUGUUCUUCCCAGUCGUGCAGCGGGCUUACCUCUUCCAUGGAGUUUCCUUCGACUUCCUCUCUCAACUCGUUCCCAAAAUGGAGGCUGAGUUUUACCCUCCGAGGGAAGAUGUUGUACUGCAAAAUGAGGCUCCCACUCACCUCUACGUAUUGGUAUCCGGAGCAGUCGAUUUGAGAAUAAAAACUGAUGGAAGUGAACAACAGAUUUGCGCAAGGCUCACUAGAGGAGAUGUGUUUGGGGAGGGAGCAGUUCUAGGCGGCACGCCACAGCCGUAUGCUGCACGCACCGUUGAGCUCUCACAGAUUUUGAGGCUGAGCGGCAUUACAUUCUUGACAAUGCUCCGAGAGAAUGUGGAACUGAGUAAAGUCAUAGCAAACAACCUUUUAGAGAAACUGAAACUCGAACAAAGAUCGACAAAGAGUAUUGCUCAAGAAGAACGAGUUCAGAAAUCUAUCCGCUCAAAUCUUCAUGAAAAGAUCAACAAAGGAUAUUGCUCGAACGGCGUUGUUACUUCAGCUGCUGGCAGAAAACGAGCCGUCAUUCACAUUGCCAGAGAACGGAUUGGGAAGCUCAUCAACUUACCGGAUUCUUUGGAAGAGAUCUUCAAAAUUGCAGGUGAAAAGUUUGGCUGUCUAGAGCCAUCGAAGGUGAUGAGCCAAGAUAACGCAGAGAUCGAAGACAUUGAUGUCAUUAGAGACGGAGAGCAUUUGUUUCUGCUAUAG